CUCCUUGGGUUUUUAAAACCCCAUUUUACAGCGGUUUAUGUUGCAGUGACACGGCUAUUUGUUUUAGUUUAGUGCGCUUCGCUGUCCAUUUUUCCUGACGCACCAAUUCAGCGCAUUUUCCAGCAGAGAUCAUUGUGAGGUCGGGAGGAUGACAGUUCGAGUGUACUGCUCGUUGAUUGCUUUUUUAUCGGGUCUGUCUGGGUACUUGAGCAUAACAGACGCCACAGUGAGCUUCCCAACAAUGGUGGCCGGUUUCUGUCCGAUGAAGCUGACGGUCGUGCCGUCCCGUCGAGGAUGUUUUACUGAUGGAGACUGCUCUGGAGGAGACAAAUGUUGUAUAUUUGAGUCGGGGCCCGUGUGCGUGCCACCCGUUUCCAUGACCUUCCCAACAAUGGUGGCCGGUUUCUGUCCGAUGAAGCUGACUGUCGUGCCGUCCCGUCAAGGAUGUUUUACUGAUGGAGACUGCUCUGGAGGAGACAAAUGCUGUAUAUUUGAGUCGGGGCCUGUGUGUGUGCCACCUGUUUCCAUGGAUAGAAUUAUUCAGCAAUCAGUGAUGAAGCCAGGACUGUGUCCGCCCCCAACCUCUGGAAGAAGAUCGUGUACCACGUCCUGUAACAGUGACUCUGACUGUCCUAACAAUGAGAAGUGCUGCAGCAAUGGAUGUGAACAUUACUGUACAGCUCCGUAUACAGUGAAGCCGGGUCUAUGUCCCAAACCAAAGAACAUUCAUGCAUGUGCUGAAAGCUGUUUCCAUGAUGGCCAGUGUCCUGACACACAGAAAUGUUGCCCAACCACCUGUGGCCAUGCAUGCAGUGAACCGCAUGGUCAAGGAAAUGGUCAGGGAAGUGUUCACGCGAGUGUUCAUGUAAGCGUUCAGGCAAGUGAUCAUGGAAAUGGUUAUGUAAGUAUUCAGGCAAGUGAUAGUGGCGGCGGAAGCAGUUCGGGAAGUGGCGGCGGAAGCAGU